AUGCUUAAUCCUCAUUAGUAAUCAAUUAAAGAAAAAGAAUCAAAAAAAAAAAUAACUAAUUUAGAAGAAGUAAAUAAAUACUAAGAAGAAGAAUAUGAAAAAUAAAUUGUCUAAAAUAAUGCAAGGUAUCAGGAAACUAUUAUUAAAUUUAAUUAAGAAAGAAAAGAAUUAGAAGAGUAAAUAGAAGUAUAGAAGAGAGAAAUAAAGGACUAAAAAUCAAAAAUUGAUUUAUCAUAAUUUGAUAUAGCAAAUAUAAAUAAAACAAAAGAGAAAGUUGAAUAGGAAAACUUCGAUUUGAAAUUAGAAAAUUAAUUACUUAAUGAUAAAAUUAAUCAACUUUUAGGUAUAAUUAAUACUUCAACUUUACCUAAUCGUUUCAGUACAACAACUAGAGAUACUAUUAUUUCAUAACCUGAUAAUACUUUCAUGAAUGAACAAAUAAACAAGUUCAGAGAAUAAAUAAAUAAAAUGAGAGAAGAUUUUAAGAAUGAAUUAUAAUAAUUAGAAAAGGAAAAAAAUGAAUUGGAAAAAGAACUUUAAAAAGAAAAAGAAUAAUCUAAUAAGGAACAUAAAUAUUUUUUGGACGAAAUAGAUAAAUCUGUUAGUUUGAAAAAAUAAUUGGAUGCAAAGAAUGAUCAAAUAAAAUAAUUAGAGUAAUAAAUGGAUAAUAGCUAGAAAGUCCUAACAAAUUCUAAUUAUGAAAUAUAAAAAUUGAAGAAUUAAAUAAAAGAUAAAGAUUUUGAAAUAUCAUCAUAAAAUGAAAAUUUUAAUUUAAUAAAAUAGUAAAAUGAAUAUUUAAAAUAAUAAUUACUUAAUCAAAAAAAUUCAAAUAUAACAAACAACAUAUUAUAAGAUAGUAAAUUUUUGGAAUUAGAAUAAGAAUUAAAGAAUCUUAAAAAAAAUUAAUAAGAAAAAAAAGACUAACUUUAAAAGGAAAGAGAAGAAAAUGAAAGAUAAAUAAAGGAGAGAUAAGAGAGAGAUAAAUAAAGGGAUUAAAAAAAUAAAUAAGAAAAUAAAAAAUAAAUAGAGUAAAAAUUUUAAAAGGCAAUAAAAGAGCGAGGUUAAUUAGAUGUCUGCUUUAUUGUUGAUGUUACUGGGUAUUAAAUUUUUUAUUAAAUUAAGAUCUAUGGAUCAUUAUAAAGAUUAAACAAAAAUGUCAGUUUAGUAAUCGUUAUAAAUAAUUAAAAAAGCUACAAAUAGAGAUACAAAUUGGGCAUCCGUAUGUUAUUAAGAUAAAGCAGAAUUAAGACAAUUAGGAAAAUAUUAUGAAUUUCCAUUUUCUAAAGAGUAGGAAAAACUUUAACAAUUUUUUGAUAACAUUGCAUGUGAUGGAGGAGGCGAUGCAGCAGAAGAUAUAAGAGGAGCAAUCAAAUAAGUUUGUAAAUUAAGUUGGCCAAGUAUAUUUAGAAUUGCAAUACUAAUUUGUGAUGCUCCAUGUCAUGGAAAAAAAUAUCAUGAUGGUUGUGGAGAUGAUUAUCCUGAUGAAGAUAUUGAAGAUGCUAUUUAACAAUUGAUUGAUAAGAAUAUCAUUUUAAUAGCACUUAAUUUCACACAUCAUACUUCAAAAAUGUAUAAGGAGAUACAGAAAAUCUAUGAAUCUAAGAAGAAACUAGAAUUAUAUCUCUAUUCAGAUUUACUAAAUAUAAAUUAAAAAGACUUAGCAUCAAUUAUGUCAAGAUUUAUAGGUGAUGCAUCUUAAAUUGCAACCCAAACAAAUAAAAGCGAAACAAAAUCUAAAGAAGGGGUUAAAAUAUAAAAAGAUAUAAGAGUAAGGGAAGGUGCUAUGGAAGCUUUAUGCAAACAGGAAAAUUUUUAUAAUUUUGAAUAAUAACCAAAUGUGAAAACGGUUAAUUCAAAAUUUAAAGUUUUUAGAGUAGAAAUUAAGUAAGAAUAAUUCAAUAAAAAUAUUUAAACAAUAAAUAAUAUAAAAUGUCCAUAAGAUUUUUUAGUUAUAGAAGAAGGAAAUUGGGAUUGUAUUAGAACUGAAAUACCAUUUGCCUUUGGUAUGAUGAAGGAUGUCUUUUUAAUGAAAAAAAUUAAAGACUAUUCUAAUGAUUUAUAUGUCAUCAAAACGCCAAUUGGUAGCAAACCAUAUGAAUCAAUAGAUCUUGCUUUAAAAGAAUGCAGAUCACAUUUGAUUUGUCAGAAACUUAUGAAGAAGUUUGUUGAUGAUUUAUAAUAGUAAAAAUCAGAAAAGUAUGUAAAUAUAGCAAUACCAUCUGUUAUAUAUAGCGACUUUUUAAUUCUCGAAGAAUCUAAAAGUAUUAGUAAUUUUAAUUAAUUUAGAUUCUUUUUGGAUUGCAGAAAGAUUUUUUAAGGGAGAAUUUGUUAAAUAUAAUAAUAAUUAUGGUUAUAUUAAUUCAGAUGAUAAAUUAGAAUUAAAUAAGUUUGCUUAGUCAUUCACAUAUUAUACAUAUUUUAUUAGUGGUGCACAAUACAUGGUAUGUGAUAUUUAAGGAGUUGGUAAUUAUUUCACAGAUCCAGCAAUAAAUACAGAAUAAGGUACAUUUAUAAUUUAAAAAUAAUUAGGAUUUUUUGAUGAUACUGAUAUGGGAAUAGCAGGUUAACAGAUGUAUUUAGUCAAUUAUGAAAAUUGGAAGGAAUUAUUAACAAAGAAGUAUCUAGAAUUAUUGGAUAUGUAUUCAUGA